GAGGGGACCCCCCCUUUAAAUUCCUGCUAUUGUGCAGUGGGAGGCCGGGCUGGACCUGGUUGUUUAGAUGACAUCACCGAGCAGGUUGGGUUAUAAAAUGAAUGAAGCAGAAAGCCCAAGUUCAGUGGCUCGGCACAGCGCGGGCGGCAGGAGGGACCUCGCGGCUCCGCGCUGAACUUUGACUCCCUCCGUCCCGGCCUCUCCCCGGGGCUCCCCGCUGCCCCCCGGCCCCAUUCCCGCUGCACUGCAGGAUGCAGAUCUCACCCGUGCUGGCCGGAGGACUGCUGCUCGCUCUGCUCUCCGUCGGGCUGGAGGCGAAGCCGGCGUCCCAGCUCCCGCAGAAGGCGUCCCGCGGAGCAGCGGCGGCGGCGGCGGCGGCGGCGGGUCCGCCCGAGGCUGCGGGAGCGGAGCGGGACAAGGAGAAGGAGAAGGAGCGGAACCGCGGAGGAGGCGGCGGAGGAGGCGGCGCGGGGCCGCGGGAGGCGCGGGAGGCGCGGGCAGAGACGCGGCCCCGAGCGGGUUGGGCGCGGCUGCUGCAGGAGCCGUCGGGCCGCCGCCAUAAGGGGCUGCACAAGAAGGGGCUCGGGAAGGGCUGCUUCGGCCUCAAGCUGGACCGCAUCGGAGCCAUGAGCGGCCUCGGCUGCUGAGGGACCCCUGGCGGGCACCGGAGCAGCUCCGUCGUUCCCCCAAGGGCCGGGCACGGCCGCCCCUCAGGCACCGCCUGGAAGAGCAGAGAAACCCCCCCAGGAUCGGACAAAAGAUGUGGCUGUGUUUUUCUUUUCGGUACGAGGAGUCACGGCACCCACCAGCUGUUUCGGUUGUUCUUUUUCCCUCCCCGUUCCCCCCCCUUAAAAGCGCUCUCUAUCUUCUCUAUAUUAUAUAUACAAACACUCACCGAGACAAGGGACAGUGCUUUUCUGAGAGACUGAUGAAGCCGGCUGUAUAACGUUGCUGUUUGUAAAUUCAUGUCAUGCAUAAAUGUAUUUAUGUUGUAAAGCUAUUUAUAUAUUGUUUAUAAAGAGAUAUUUAUAAAGAAAUUAUUUAUGUAACUAAAGGAGAAGUCAAGCAUUGUCACGUUGCUGGGGUUGUUGUUUUUUCUUUGUCCUAAGUAGCCGGAAAAAAGGUUAAAAAGAAAGAAAAACCGUUUGGUAACAUGUCUUUAUUUAUCAAACCCACGUCCAACUGCAACGUCGGGUUGAUUGAUUGGAAUGGAGCCGAGAGAUGGUCGGGAUGCUUUAGAGAAGGCAGGAGCCGGAGGAAGGCUGUGAUGGGGGAAGCUUUGAUCCCUCGUGCUUUAAGUCGUGCCCAGCGCUGCUGUGCUCGGAUGGAGCCAGUUCUGCCCGAUGGAAGCACCUGAGCUCGCUGCCACAGCCCGGCCGGGAGGGGAGAGCAGCAGAGUGAUGGCACGGCACCGGGCUGCAGUCCCUGUUUCAUGCUGUGCUGCUCUGGGUGCUGCACGGAGGUGCCGUCCCAGCGCUGGAUGUGCUGAGCUUUGUGCUGGAGCUGCUCACAGGACACAACAGCUGAUCUUCCCUCUGGCUGCUAAGAUGAUAUAGAACCCUCUGGUGCAGCAGCGAUGUGUUGAACCGUGCCCAGGACAGUACGUACAGCAAAAUACAGCUGAGCUGCCUGGGAUGCAUUCCUGGAUACAGCUUCUUGCUAUGUAAAGCUCAUGAAAUAAAUCAUUAAAAUGGCUCUGUGCUCUGAAGGGCACAGCCAGCGAGGGGGCAAACUCCCA